GAGAGCAACUCUUUCACUCAAAAUGUUCGAUUUUCUCGUUAAAAUAAUAAUACAGGGAAAAGAGUUAUUACUUGAUUCUUCUGUUUCUAAUGCAGUGUUCUGUGGUUCUGUUAUUUUGAUUUCACAACAGAACAGCAGGAAUCCCCUCUUUGUUGAUGUUACAAACAAUUCAAAACAAAGAAUUUUCACCAGCUAUUUAAAAGAUCAAUUAUCGAUAUACCUCAUUGAUUGCAACAUAAGACGAUGAUUUCUAAAGGAUCAGAUUCAUACAAAACAUAUGGUCAGUCGUGAGAUUUGUUAAAAUAGACAAUAUUUUAGUUUGAUGAAAAUACCAGUAUCCUAUACGACCUGAGAAAUGGCCUGUUUGAAAGGAUCUCAAAAUUAUGUUUGGUCCACAACCAGUGUAUUGGGCAAAGGAGCUACAGGUGCUGUUUAUCAGGGUGUCAACAAAACGAACGGAGAGCCAGUGGCUGUGAAAACGUUCAACCAAUUCAGUCACUUAAGGCCUAAAGAAGUUAAAAUAAGGGAAUUCGAGGUUUUAAAAAAGGUCAAUCAUGAGAACAUUGUGAAAUUGUUAGCCAUUGAGGAAGAAGAGGGUAACGGUAGUAAAGUUAUUGUCAUGGAACUUUGCACUGGAGGAAGCCUCUUUAACAUACUUGAUGACCCGGAAAACACAUAUGGUUUGGAGGAGAAGGAAUUUCUUCUCGUUUUAGAACAUUUGACAGCUGGUAUGAAGCACCUGAGGGACAAUAACCUGGUACAUAGAGAUUUAAAACCAGGUAACAUCAUGAAAUUCAUCUGCGACGAUGGUUCGACAGUUUACAAAUUGACGGAUUUCGGUGCUGCAAGGGAACUUCAGGAGGGCGAAGAGUUCAAAUCCCUGUAUGGAACGGAAGAAUACCUUCAUCCAGACAUGUUUGAACGGGCUGUGUUGAGAAAACCGGUGAACAAGACGUUCAGUGCUACCAUAGAUUUGUGGUCUAUCGGAGUUACCAUAUACCACGUUGCCACCGGUAAUCUACCUUUCAGACCUUACGGUGGUCGAAGAAAUAAGGAAACCAUGUACUAUAUUACCACGAAGAAGGAGAGUGGGGUUAUAUCCGGUAUUCAGACUGCGGAAAACGGACCCAUCGAAUGGCAAAGGGAUUUGCCAAUAAGUUGUCAGUUGAGUGCGGGAUUGAAAAAAAUCGUUACUCCCCUCCUGGCGGGGUUGCUUGAGUUAGACACGAAUAAAAUAUGGACCUUCGAUAGGUUUUUCAAGGAAGUUACAAACGCGUUAUCUAGGAAAGCUGUGAAUAUUUUCCAUGUGAAUAAAGCGCAAAUGUUGAAAGUGUAUAUACACCCCGAUGAGAUGUACAAUAAUUUACAGUGUUAUAUUAAGGAACAGACGAGUGUUGAAGAGGGAAAUCAAUUGAUGAUCUUCAAGGGAAAACUGUAUUCUACCUUUUUCGAAGAUAGUACCAAAGCUUCCGGAUUCCCAGUAACUGCAGAUACAGAUCCCCUCUUUUUAUUCAAUGAUAUUAACAAUAAUGUUGUUAUUGAUGCUUCGGUGGAAAUUCCAAUAUUUCACAAGUUUUCCGACAACGUCCACUUGGAAAACGAUGCGACUCAAUCGAAAUUAGCCUGUAGCAUCGGACACCUGUGUCGGAGGCACAUUGAGAGGUACUCGUGGGCUUCCCAACUGAUGGAACAUGCCGUUGAGAAUUUCUCGAGGUACAUCAACAGCGACCUCUGCGAAUUGCACGUAAUAACCCAACAUUUACUGGAGAAGAUCAAACUUCACAAGAAUAACGCUGAAAUAUUGCAACUUUGUAAACGUAUCGGUGGCAGUGUUUUAUCUGGUAAGGAGUUCCAGGUCGGGCCUCAGGAAUACAUGAAAAGACUGGAAAAACUGGAUCCGGCCCUUAGUGAAUGUGCCUCGAAAGUGAGCCAGUUGCAUCAACGGUACACGGUGGAGAACACUCUGAAACUGGAAUGGGACACUUCGAUCAGAUCGGUGACGAAUCCGUGGAAGACCAAAGCGCCUGCCAAGGCUCAGACGCUCGUCGAACAUCUGAGGGACUCCUGGCAGCAUUUGGUGAGAGACAGGGCCACCAGGACCCUUUCGUUCAACGACGAGCAGUUUCACAUCCUGGAGGGUAUCAAGAUAACGCAAACCAUCAACCGUGUGAAAAUCUUGCUCGAGUUGGAGGUGUACCCGCAGUAUUCCCAAUUGUCGGAUGCCUUGAGCGAUUGGUACAAAAUUGCACAGACUGUUUAUUUGCAGACCGCCAUGAUACUCAAGAAGGACGUGGAUAAUAUCGAUAAGGCUCUGGGGGAUUUUGGGGAGUCGUUCUCGAUAGAAAAAUUAGAGUAUACCGAGUUGGUGAAUAAACAUUUGGACGCUAGUAAACAGGGUAAGAGUGAAAACGGUGAUAGUAGGAUUAGGAAUCAGAGUAUAAGGGCCUUGUAUAAAGCGCAUAAAAUGUUAAAGCACGAGAUAAAUGUGGGGCUGAUGAAGAAUUCGGAAUUGCUCAAUGAAAUCCAUAAGAUAACUCAGGCGCAAACGUUCACUGUAGAUUCCCUUCAAUAACGAUAUCCUGGAUAUUGUUAAUUAAACAAUUUUUCCAAAGAAGCGUAGAUUUUUUCAUGAAUAUGAAUAAGUGAAUCUGAUAACUGAACCAAUGGUGGGUUUUGGUACUCGCUGUUGAUUUGUGCAUGAAAUUGGCCCAGCAUUUUUCUAAUUUAAUUUAUUGUGCUACUUGCGGCCUUCAAAUUUUUUCUUUAUUCCAUACGGUUCUCAAGAUAUUUCACAAAGUGUGUAGAAUUGGCCGACCCAGCAUUCGGUUUCAACAGUUGAAAAAGAUUGACCUAUAUAGGGCGCCCCAAAUUCGAUGUCCAAGCUAUUUUCCAGAGAAAAAAAAUGGUGAGAAUGUCAAUUGAGAUUUUGAUGAUUUCUUCAGGUUCACUUAAAUUUUUCCUCAUUCAAGUAAGGGAUCUGUAACUUGAAUAUUUUACAGAAAGUAGAAAUCCACAGGCAUUCUGAAAAAAAGUUUACUUGUUUCAGAUUUUGAAUUAUGAAGCAAAUUGAAUAUUUCUUGAUGCAAACUAGCAACUAGCCUACUAGAUAUUGGGUUAGGUUAACCCAACCUAACCUACCUAACUUCUAAUAGGUUAGGUUAGCCCAACCUUUUUUUUUUUUUUUGCCCUGAAGGGGAAAAACUCUACCAGUCAUCCCGGCAGCUGGGCUGUGCAAUGCCGCCGGUUUGUGUGGGGCUCUCACCCACCAAAAACCCCACCUCCUGUAUACAUCACCUGGACACGGGACUGCAUUGCAUUACAUCAUGCCCUGGUGAUGUCACCUCGUUACUGACCUCUUUCGUCUCUUUGCUUUCUCUUCAACACCGUCUCAACCAAUUCCCUCAACAGAUUCCAUGUGUCGGGGUCGUUUAUAGCUCUGGUCAUGAUCCUAUCUACAGUAAAGUCCUCACCGAUAGCCUCUAGGAUUUGUUGUCUUUCUGUGCUCCACCUAGGGCACCCGAAGAAAGUGUGUUCCACAGUGUCUUCUAGGCUGCAAUAUGUACAGCAACCAUCCGCAGACUUCCCAAUACGCCACUUGAAGGCCUCAAAACAUCCAUGACCGCUGAGAAAUUGGGUCAUAUAGUAAUCUACCUCUCCGUGCUUGCGGUUAAUGUAGGGUCUCAGGUCAGGCAGAAGUCGUCUCGUCCAUGAGCCAUUUUGGGAUGAAGCCCAUGCUUCUUGUCAUUUUCUUAAGGUUGUGCGCCUUGCUUCAGGCUUUUCAACUUCCGGGUUUUCAUAGAUGCUCCUCCUUUCCUCGACCAGCAAAUCGAUUGGGCAGGAGCUUGCUAUGACUGCGGCCGCCUCGCUGGAUAUCGUGCGGAAGCCCCGACAUAUUCUCAGAUUAGUCAGCCUCUGUACUCUUCUGAGAGUGUUCCUGUACGCCUUCACUCUCAUCGCUGUCCCCCAGACCGGAGCAGCAUACAGCAUUAUGGAGUUUGUGACCCCUCCCAAAACUCUUCUCUUGAACUCGCCUCCUCUCCCUAUAUUUGGCAUAAUACGGGACAAUGUAAGUGCUUUCUCCUUUGCUUUGCCCGAGAUAUGCCUGAUGUGCUGUUUAAAACUUAGCUGUCCGUCCAAGAUCACCCCCAAGUAUUUUAUUUGAUUGCUCGGGCGAACCUCCUUCCCAGCGAUGUUGAAACACAACUGUUUCACAUGUUUCCUACCUACCAUGAGCAAAGCCUCUGUUUUAUGCGCGGCAAUGGACAGUUCCCUCCCAGCCAGAAAACUACAUAUUAGUUCCACGGCGUGCUCCACCUUCUCCUUCAAGCUCGUCUCAUCUCUCGCUCGUACUAUUAUCGCCAGAUCAUCCGCGUAUGCCAGCACUUCUACGCCUUCCAGGUAUGGGUCAGACCGGGUCAAUGUUAAUGUCCCACAGUAGUGGACCCAAAACCGAUCCUUGCGGCACGACGCAGCAAAAUGUGCCUCCAACCCGCAGCGUUGAAGGCUUUUGUUAUAUCAAGCGUCACCAGGACACAUAGCCCUCUAUGCUGAUAGCAACUCUCUAUAACCUUUCUUGCAGUCCUAACCACCGAGAGCAAGGCAUCAGUGGUACUGCGUCCAGGUCUGAAGCCAAACUGUCUAUCAGAUAAGUCCUCUCCAUCCUCCAUCUCCGCCCUGAGUCUUUGGAGAAUCAGCUGUUCCAUCAGUUUCGAGGCAGAACUCACUAAUGAGAUGGGUCUUAAUUUGCCUGGAGCAUCAGCAUCCCCUCCCGACUUCCUGAUCAGAACCAGCUUGGCGGUCUUCCACUGAAAGGGGAAACACUCCGGACUUCAAGAUGUCGUUCAUUGUCUCCGUCAAUAAUUCAGGUCGACUUUUGGCUAUCUCCACAAUGACCUCUGCCGGAACGCCGUCCAUUCCUGGCGCUUUACCUUUCCUCAGCUUACUAGCCGCUGCCACUAUAUCCUCAUUGGUGAAAGGUAUAAACUCUUCUACCGGUAGUGUCGUCCUCUGGAAGGGUGCUCUUAUAGGGAAAAGUUCUUUCAGAGCUGCCUCUGCAGUUUCUCUGCUUAUCUUUUCGGCUGUUCUUGGGAAUUUACGGCAAACUAUCUGGAAGGCCUUUCCCCAGAUAUCGUUCUCUAACUCACAGCAGAGUUCUCUCCAGCAUCUGUCUUUCGACGUGCGUAUUUUGGUCCCUAGGUUCUUUUUCGCGUCUUUCUACCCUUUUUCCAGAGAGGAAGGUCUUCCGUGUUAUUAGCUUUCUUUCUGGCCCUAGUGAGUUUUCUGCGCAGAGAGAUGCACGUUUUCCUUUCCCUGUUUAUGUCCGGAGUCCACCAAUAAACCGCCUUGUGUGUUGUAUUAUUCUUGAUUUUCCUCAUGGUUUUUUCGCAGAUGGUUUGCAAAAGCUUGUUCAGCCAGUCAGCAUUUUUGGUGGGUGGGAGCUUUACUUUUUCGACGAAUUUUCUCAGUUUUUCUUUAUUUAGGCUCUUAGUAUUAUAUCUGGCGUUAUUAGUUCUUCAGCCCAUGGCUGUCGACCCGUCGUCCACUAUCCUGAAGGAAAUGUAAUUAUGUAGGCUGAGACUUUCUAAAUCCCUAGCCACAUGCCACUGCUCAAUUCUAUGGGCGAGCCUUCCUGAACUCAGUGUUAAGUCGAUCGUUGACUUCGAUGAGCCCCACCCUUUCAAAGGUGGGUACGCUUCCUCUGUUUAGUACAGCCAAGUCAUUUGCGGCCAUCCACUCCUGCAGGACAAAACCUCUCCCAUUCUCGUCAACAUUACUCCAUGAUGUGCUUUUGGCGUUGAAACCCCUGCGAUCAGAAGUUGUUUCCUUGUGCUUUUAAGGUCCUGUUCUAAGCUUCUAAAGAAGUGUUCCUGUAUAUCCGAGCUGCAGUUCGGUGAGAGAUAGCAGCUGUAUAUUCGGAGGUUUUCAUUCUCGAUGAAACAGAAUCCAUUUUGUUUGCCAGUUCGGACCAAUUUGAACGAGCUGUCCUUGAUGAGUAUUGCUGCAUCCUGUUUGAGGUCGUAGAUGCAGUUUUUGGCCCCAGCAAUUAUUUUUUGAUUUGGCUCACUCACGAUAACAAUGCUGGUCUUUAAACGGUUGGUGUGGGCUUCCAUCCUAAAUUAAUUUGUAGGAGGUGCAGGGCCAUUUAACGCACACACAUGUUUAAAUAAAUAUGGUUUUCGGUGUAUAAAUAGUAUACAAUUUUUAUACUCUAAAGGGUGUAAAGGGCCCGUCAAAGUAAAAUCACAGCCAAUGUAUAUCGGUAUUCUAUCACAGCUCGGUUCAUGUUUAUCACAGUUGUUUUUCCAUACAUUUAACACACACACAUGUUUAAACAAAUAUGGUUUUCGGUGUAUAAAGUGUCUACAAUUUUUAUACUCUACAGGGUGUAAAGGGCCCGUCAAAGCAAGAUCACAGCCCAGGUAUAUCGGUAUUCUAUCACAGCUCGGUUCAUGUUUAUCACAGUUGUUUUUCCAUAUUUUUGGUAAUUUUAAAUUUUGUUCCUCCGUAUUAGUCUUGCUUCAGCAUACGGCACUUCUAUUUUGCAGCUAGCGAAGACUGUUUGCGGUAGGUCCUUCUCUUUUGGCUCUCCCAAGUGCUCUCUUGUACUGAGGACAUUUGCUAGUUGCAGCCCUGUGGCCGGUCACAUUGCAAAUUGGACAUUUCUCCUCAUUUGAGCAUUCCUUGCUCUUAUGGCCUUCCUUUCCACAUCUGUGGCAUUGAUUUGUCCUUUCUGUGCCGUUGCAUUUUAUUGCCGUAUGACCGACCUCCUAGCAUUUAUAACACUUUUCUAGCUCAAUUCUCCGUUCCACAGAGCACUUUGUCAGGCCUAUUUUGAGGGACUCUUUGAGCAGUUCCUUUGCUAUAACCUCGUUCGUCGUGACCGUGACGGCUUGUGUGUUAUUUCUGUCUGGCCUAGGUCAGCCCAACCUAAUCUACCCAACUCCUAGUAGUUAGAUUAACCUAACCUACAAUAAGUUAGCUUAAGUUAACCUAACCUACCUAAUUUCUAGUAGGCUAGGUUAACCCAACCUAACCUACCUAACUUCUAGUAGGUUAGGUUAGCCCAACCUAAUCUACCUAAGUUCUAGUAGUUAGAUUAACCUAACCUACAGAAAGUUAGGUUAAGUUAACCUUACCUACCUAAUUUCUAGUAGGUUAGGUUAACCCAACCUAACCUACCUAAUUUCUAGUAGGUUAGGUUAGCCCAACCUAAUCUACCCAACUCCUAGUAGUUAGAUUAACCUUACCUACAAUGAGUUAGGUUAAGUUAACCUAACCUACCUAAUUUCUAGUAGGCUAGGUUAACUCAACCUUACCUACCUAAGUUCUAGUAGUUAGAUUAACCUAACCUACCUAAUUACCUGAAUUAGUAUAGUUGAAUUAUUGAAGUAAUUAUCACCAAAUAUUGGACCUAUUCAGAUGAUCCCUACAACUAUUAAUAAAUGGGAAAAAAUUUGUGCUUGUUUCAGAUUUAUUUGAAUUAUGAAGCAAUUUUUUAAUGCAAAUUAGCAAAUUCAUAGCCUACUCGAAGUAAGGAUAGGUCAACCUAACCUACUAGAAGUUAGGUAGGUUAGGUUAAUCUAACUACUAGACUUCUAGUAGAUAAGGUAAGGUUAACCUAACUACUAGAAGUUAGGUAGGCUAACUGAAAUUGUAACCAAAAUAAGCAAAGAAAACAUUUCUCACUUCGCUUUCUCAGGGCUACAAAAAACGAGACUGAGGAAGAUCAAUAAUUGAAAUGAUCGAAAGUCUGGGAAUUAUUAAGAAUUGUCUUUUCUUCCUGUCCUUCCUCCACAAACAUUACCAUCAAAUAUAUUACAAGGACACUAUAUAUUAACCAUGUCCCAUAUUUUUCAAUUACGGACCUGGAAUUUUUCGAAAAUUUAAAUGUGAUUAUAUCGACGUGUGCAAGUGAAUCAUAUAUUUCAAAUGUCAACCGACUAUACUGGUUGGUUCAAAAGUUAUGAGAAAUUGAAAUUUUAGGUGAAUACAUGAAGCACCCUGUAUCUCGGUUAUGGAAUUGAUUAGACCUAUCAUAUAUGGGUUUUUUGGACUCGCCUAGGGUAGCUCUAGCUCAAGUUAUUGUAUGUUCAUUUACCAAUGAAAUAGCCUGUAUAUAAUGUAUAAUGCAUGUGUGAAAGAGUUCAACUUAGCUUCAUAAUUCAAAACCUCAGAAAGGAAAAAAAAUUUCCAGAAUGCCUGCCAAAGUGAAAAAGUAGGUUCAAGUUUCAGAUCUAUAAUUUCAAAGAAAAACAACAAGUUAUGUGAACUUUUUGACAUCGUCAAAAUAUCACUUGCUAAAUUAUAUCGAAAAAUAAGUUUUUAUUUCGAAAAUCGAAAAGUGCUGGGCCAACUUAUUCGCACUUAAUAUUUUAAAUAAGUUACCAACCGAGUCUUCUUUGAAUCGUCUUCAUUUUUUUCUUAGAAAUAUUGCCGAUAUGCAAAAAAAUUCCUAAUUAAUCUAGACUGAACCAAUGAUUCUUGUUUACGUAUUAAAGGGGUGGAUAUCAGUAUUUUUAUAGUGUUAGUGUUUGAUUAGGGACAUCGAGGAAGUGUUCAAUACUGCAUUAAUCCCAAACGUAUUGAACUAACUGAUCAACUAAAAACCUUCUGAUCCAAUCCUUUCUUGGUGCAAUUAAGCGAUGUUUAUGCUCAUUAGGCCAAACUCAAGUGGAAUUGUGUAAUAUAUAGCCGAUAUACAAAUACACAAGUUGUAUUUAAGUUCACUUGGUACGUGGAAUAGAAUAUUUUUUAUUAGAAUUUGUCGAAAUAUUGUAUCGAAGUGAGAAUAUUAUAUUUUCAGAAUAAAUAUGAUCGAAGUAUA